AUGAAACUAGGACAAAAGUUGCAAGAAUUUAUUUACUUGCUUAGUACAGAUGAUAAGUACUCGGAAUACGACUCUAGAAAGUCCUUCAAUAGAGUGAAUAAACCAGAUACCGAGAAUUUACUCGGUGUUUACACUCACCAUAAUCAGUCUUCAUUGGAAAUGGUCACUAAUCACAAUUAUACAAAUACUAAUGGGAGUAACCGAAUGAAUGACAUCGGCGGUGGUCCUAGUGGUAGCAGCAGCAGUAGUAGUAGUGAUCAAAUAAGCUCUAUUGCCGGUGUUCAUGAGAUGAAACUAGCCUGGAGACAUAUUAAACAUUGGCUAAUUAAAAAUGCCCCAGAUAUGAAUAGUUCGCUACUUAGUAAAUGCACAUCAGAUGACUUGGUGGAUUUUCAAAAAGAUUUGAAUAUAAGGUUACCGCUUUGUGUUUCUGAGUUCUUUAAGAUUACAGACGGACAGCUGAACUUUAGUAGCAGUUUAAACAUGGAAACAAACGGAUUGAUAUUUGGAUUAAAGUUGAUGUCUCUUGAUGAAAUAAUGAUACAAACAGAGAAUUGGAGAAAAGUCUCGGAUUUCAUAAACAAUGAAAUAAGGCAACAAAACUAUAAGACAAAUGAGCUAGAUAAAUUGCCUAUAUCGCAUGCAAAUAUGAUCCAGCACAAGAAAACCCUUGGCUUGGGUGUAAAUGUAGCCAACAACAUUUCACCCGAGAAAACAUCUUUUGAUAUAACAGAAGACAUGUUUGCAAGAAAAGCCUCCAUAUCUUCAUAUGAAUCGUCAUCCAGUAGCAGCAACCACCAUCACAACCACCACCACCACCAUGUUUCAAGUUAUCACAAGAUGCCCAAACAAAGGUCUAUUCCGCCAGGCACCAUACAUGAGACAUUUGCUCACCCAAUGUGGAUUCCUAUGAUCACCGAUGAAGUUGGAAAUUACAUUGGUAUUGAUCUCUCGCCCGCUUCUGAAGGAACUUGGGGACAAGUUAUACUAUUUGGAAGGGAUUUUGAUUUUAAAUUUCGAAUUGCUGAAACAUGGGGAGAUUUUUUGCUUAUUUUUGCUAAUGACUUGGAAAUCGGUAAUUGGGACAUUAAACUAAACAAAAAGAAUAAUGACGGAGAUUUAUUCAUUGGUAAUGAAGGAGAGUUGGUAUUUGUUGAUAAGGAGUCUACUUUGGAAAUACCAUAUUUGGAAAUGUUGAAAAGAAGAGCUCUAAAGAAAUGGAUGCUCACUUUAGAAUCCGAGGAAAAUAAAGACACAAUCAAUCAAGAUUUACUUGCUGAGUUGAAAAGUAAUCAAGUCUCCAUUCUCCUGUUGCAGAACAAAAGUUCGCAAUCUAUUGAUACUUUCAUAACAAACAAUUUGAACCUUAUUGAUAGUCUAAAGGGUCUGGAAAAGAUUGUUGUUAAAAAUGGGCGGACAACAUCACUACCGAAAAGCGUGAAUGACAGCAAGUCCUCACUAUUGCCAAAAAGAACAGGAAAAGUUUCAAACAAAAGCCCAUUGUCACAAGUGGUGACAGGAAGGGAAGAAGAAGAUGAGGAGGAGGAAGAGGAGGAGGAGGAGGAGGGAGAGAGGGAGGACAGGGAAGAAGAGGAGAGAGAAGCCAAAGAAAAAGAGGUUAAUGAUGACGAUGGGAAGCAGGAGGAGGAGGAGGAGGAGGAGGAGGAGAAAAAAGAACAGGGCCUGGCGUCAGAAAACCCCAUCCGGGAGCUUCAAGAUAUAGACAUCAAGGAUUAA